AUGCUGUCGUCCUCAUUACGCCGGGCUGCAUGGGCUCCUAUUGUGCCCAUCUCCGGCAUAUCUCGUUCGUCUAGUCAAGGUCUUACUGCCUCUUCCAACGGCCUCCUCGGCGCAACACAGCAGGUGCGUCAACGUCGAUACUCCUCUUCUUCUUCGAAACCCAGCGAUGGCUCCCGAAAUGUCGACGCUUCUUCCCAGACUCCUGCGAAAGGUGUGAACUCGGCGGAGAAGCGUGAGGGCAAGGCUUCCAAGCGGAGGGGGAAGGAGAACAACGGCCGCAACGGUUCUAAGUCAAACCAGCAUACAGCCUUCUCGAGAUUGCCGAGCGUUCCUUCGACUCAGCACCUCCAGCCGCAUGAUGUCCACGUUGCGUCGUUCUUUUCUAUCCACCGGCCCAUCUCCGUCUCUACCACCGUCCCUCCCACCUCAUCCUCCGAAGCCUUCGAUGCGCUAUUCACCGCGAAGAGAUCGUUGAAACACGAAGCGGACGAUGUCAUGUUCACUUUGUCCUCGACCGUCGACUCCAUGGAGAACGCGGCCCUCCACGCCGACCAGGAAGGACCCGUGAGCAGCUUCGAAAUGGAGGGUGGUCACCCGGACGGCAUGAACAUGGCAGACGUGAAGAUUUCCAUCGAGGAGCUCACGAAAAGUCUCCGUCCCUUCCACCCGCCCCCGCCGCCGGUGCCCUUUGACGAGGCGUCGGCCGCCACCGCCACCGCCGAGUCGGAAGGCCACGAGACGUCCAGCUACUCGACCGUCCUGACCAUCCACGAGUCCACGCACGCCGACGGCCGGAAGACCUACGAGGCUCAUACCGGUCCGUUCCUUCGCAACGCCGACGAGAUGGACGCCCCCGGCGCCACGGACAGCGAUGCCAUCAUCGACGUUCCCGCCAACCACUCCGAGACCACGUACAUCGAGCGUGUCCGUAACAACCGAUCAAUGCACGCCCUCAGCACCAAGAGACGUCGUCGCUUGAAGAUGAAGAAGCACAAGUUCAAGAAGCUAUUGCGGAGGACGAGAACGCUGCGACGGAAGCUUGAGAAGGCCUAA